CUGAGACCCUGGUUCGAUCCCAACCUGUUCAGCGGGGGUGCCCUACUCGGGCUGGUUACGAGACGGAAAGUAGUCACGACGGACGCGUCGUUAACGUGCUGGGGAGCCCUGUGCGAUGGCGUCCCAGCUUCGGGCUCCUGGUCGGAGACGGAGCGGUUAUGGCAUAUAAACCAUCUAGAGCUCAAAGCCGUCCUUUUAGCACUGCAGAGCUUUGCGACGCUGAUCAGGGGCCAUCAUGUUCUCGUCCGGACGGACAACACUACGGUGGUUUCAUACAUAAAUCGCCAGGGAGGAGUGCGCUCCAGGCUGCUGUUCAGACAGGGAGAAACAAUACUGUUGUGGGCGGAUCGUCAUCUCCUUUCAAUAAAAGCGACGCAUGUACCGGGCAGCAUGAACUGCAGAGCGGAUAUGCUGUCGAGGAACGGCAUUCACCAAGGGGAAUGGAGAUUAAACCCCCUAUCUAUCGAGCUAAUCUGGAGUCAGUUCGGGAAGGCAGAAGUGGAUCUGUUUGCGUCCGAGGAAAACACACACUGCCCGCUGUUCUUCUCGUUGACGAGCUCUCCUCUCGUUUCUAUUUUUCAAAAAUCAUUACUUUACGUUUUUAUUUAGUUUUAGUAUAGUUUUAGUCUUUAGCAUAAUACACACUGCCCGCUGUUCUUCUCGUUGACGAGCUCUCCUCUGGGCGGAGAAGCGCUGUCGUUGCCGUGGCCGAGAGCCAGCAAAUAUGCGUUUUCCCCCAUAAAACUGCUGCCGUCAGUUUUACACAAGAUCAGAGAGGAAAAAGCAACAGUGACACUAAUCGUCCCGUACUGGCCGAACCAGCCGUGGUUUCCCGAGCUGUUGGAACUGUCAACGGCUCCCCUGUGGGUGAUCCCGUUGAGACGAGACCUACUCUCUCAGGCGAACGGAUCAAUCUGGCACCACCGCCCCGAAAAGUGGAAACUUCACGCGUGGAAGGUGUGUGGAAAUCGCUGACAGACAUGGCGCUGCCGCGGAGUGUGCUCGAUACGCUGAUGCAAUCGCGUGCCCCCGCUACAAGACGGUUAUAUGCCCUUAAGUGGUCGGUAUUCGCUGCGUGGUGCAAAGAAAAAGAGUUUGACCCGGUGAACUGCUCCGUGUCAGCUAUUCUUUCCUUUCUACAGCACAGAAUGGAUACGGGAAGCAUGCCCUCCACCCUUAAAGUGUAUGUUGCUGCCAUCGCAGCUUUUCAUGCUGAGAUCGGGGGGCGCUCGGUGGGCAAACACGAGCUCAUAACAAAGUUUUUACAGGGUGCACGGCGUCUCAGACAUUCUCGCCCACCCACCGUACCGUCUUGGGACCUGGCCUUGGUCCUGAAAGCACUAACUCUUCCUCCGUUUGAGCCUAUUCUAACGGUAGGUUUGAAGGAGCUUUCUCUAAAAACUGUGCUUCUGCUGGCUUUGGCUUCAGCUAAGCGCAUAGGAGAUCUGCAUGCACUCUCUGUGAAUGCUGAAUGCUUACAAUUUGGACCAGGAGACUGUAAUGUCACGUUAAAACCCAAAGCGGGUUAUGUGCCUAAAUCGCUAUCCACGCCAUUUAGAGCGCAGGUUAUUUCUAUCCCCGCCUUCUCCUCGGAUGACGCGGCGACUACUAACGCGAUCGUCCAGAGUGAGCUUUGCCCGGUAAGAGCGCUAAAAGCUUAUAUUGAUCGCUCGGCGCCGUUCUGGACAGCGGAACAGCUGUUUGUUUGUUUUGGAGGCAGCACCAAAGGACACCCAGUUUCCAAGCAAAGACUUUCGCACUGGGUGGUUGAUGCUAUUUCACAGGCAUACUCUAGCCAAGGAGUCCGAUGCCCUUUGGAUAUUAGAGCCCAUUCUACGAGAGCUAUUGCAUCGUCAUGGGCUUGGUAUAAAGGCGCAUCUAUUCAGGUUUUAUGCUUGGCUGCUGGCUGGUCGUCUCAGAACACCUUUGCUAGGUUUUAUAAUCUGGAUGUCUCCUCAUUGGCUUCCCGAGUGCUUUCGGUAAACACGCCCUCCACCUCCAGUGCCUGACAUACCUGAUGGUUUCUAUCAGGUCGUGUGUAAGGGCGGCGCUACCGCGACGCCAACUUGAGAAUACCUUAGUGCUGGACGCUGCUCGCCCGCUGAGUAUUCGGUUUAUUCACUACGAGAAUACCACCAUGUAUUGGUUUUUGUGGAUUAUCACUUGCAUUCCUGACGCCAGAAAUCACCCGCUCGCUGGAUGCUGAGUCAUAUGAAUACUGCAUGUGGAUUAUAUUUUACAAACUUCAACGCCGGAUCUCGUCCGCCCGUUGGGCAAGUCAACAUGUGACUGCAAGAGUGGUGUCUUCACUGCCGCUAGUCCAAUGAUCUAAACACUUCUACAACUUGUGCGUCGGACGCCGUCCGCUCGCUAGGGGUACGCAAUACCUGCCCUUCAUAAAUGCCGCGGAUGAAAACGAUCAUCAUUAGAAUAACACGCCCAUAUAAAUUCAAGUCUCCGCCUCCCCCAUGCCCUCAUUUUACGCCAUAGACACACGGAAUACGGCAAAGAAGAGA